CGCCGUUGAGUAAUAUUGUGACGUAUGACGUCAUGAAUUACGUUUAAUGCGGAAGUAAAAAAAGAAGCUUCAUAUCAUUUCCAGCAUUUCGAGAACGGCUUCGUGUUUACUUUUUACUCGAAUCAAGCAGUCUGUCCAUCAUGCUCGGUGGUGGAUUUAAAGGAGAGAGACUACGAGUUAAUCUCAGACUCGUCAUCAACCGCCUCAAACUGCUUGAGAAGAAGAAAACUGAAUUGGCUCAGAAAGCCCGAAAGGAGAUAGCUGACUACCUGUCGGCAGGUAAAGACGAGCGAGCACGGAUCAGGGUGGAGCACAUCAUCAGAGAAGAUUAUUUGGUGGAGGCCAUGGAGAUUCUCGAGUUGUAUUGUGAUCUGCUGCUGGCCCGCUUCGGUCUAAUCCAGUCUAUGAAAGAGCUCGAUCCUGGGCUUCAGGAAGCAGUGUCCACUCUGAUCUGGGCGGCUCCUCGCCUGCAGUCAGAAAUCACUGAGCUCAAACUCGUUUCAGACCAGCUGUGUGCCAAAUACAGCAAGGAGUACGGCAAGCUCUGUAGGACAAACCAGAUCGGAACGGUCAACGACCGACUCAUGCACAAACUCAGUGUGGAAGCCCCACCAAAAAUCCUGGUGGAACGUUACCUCAUUGAAAUAGCCAAAAACUACAACGUCCCGUACGAGCCGGACGCCAUGGUGCGGCCGGAGGUCGGAGAGGAAGCAGACCUUAUAGAUGUGGACAGUGACUUUAAGAAGCGUGGCGGUGGAGGAGGAGGCGGUGGAGGGUUUACUGCUCCGGCCGCUGCUAUGCCCAUGCCUAUGCCCAUGCCCAUGCCAACACCUACAGCCUUCAGCUACCCUACACCCAAAGGAGUUGAGCCCUUCGGUGCUCCUGCUGGAACCUAUGAUGUUGGCUUUAACAACUUCCAGCCUCCAGUGAGGGGAGGGCAGCCACCUCAGCUCCCCAGCUGCCCCCCAACCUAUGAGUCUAUUGAUGAGUUGUCUCUCAGACCCUCUGCUUCUCCCCAGGUUGUUCCAGGCCCUGGCCCGUCUGCUCACGGCUACGACAACAACGUCCUUCCUGAGCUUCCCUCGGUCCCCGACACGCUACCCAACUCGUCCUUGGGCGGCAAUCCCGGUCCGUCUGACGACAUUGACUUUGACGACCUGUCACGGCGCUUUGAGGAGCUCAAGAAGAAGACCUAAUCUCUCAAACGCUCACAUCUGGAAAUCCGUGUGAUGGAAUCUUCAGGAGAAGAAAAAAAGCCCUGGUCAGAUUAUACACACGACUUCUUCAUCCGAAGCAAUGAUUUUUGAUUACUUCAGACAUCAGUGUAAGAUUUACCUCAUGCGAAAAAAGAAAUGCGCUGCUGUCUUUCUGGUGGAGGUUAUUUUACUCAUAACAUCACAACGUAAAGGAUCAGAUUGAAUUUGAAGACAAUAAGUCCAGACUUUCCCUAGACUAUUUCUAUAAUCCCUUUUUUAAUCACUUUCCAUAUAUGGCCUUUCUGCUAUGUAAUGUAAUGUAUUAUAGCUACAGCAUUGCCAUGCCCAGAUGCUGUGAUGUCAUCACCACACACAACGUAACUUAACUUUUAACUUAACUUUACUGUCAUUCAUAUGGAUUUUUUUCUUUCCAAUGAAUACCACAAGAAUAUGAGUUAAAAAUUAAUAAUAAUAAUAAUAAUAAAGACUUAAGAUGUUAAUAUUCCUUGAGUGUGCAUGCCAUGUGGGACGUGGUAAAUGAGUCAGCUGAUGUUUUUCGUACUAACACAACAGACUGGUUUGACCCGUUGUCUCCGAUUACGCCCAGUAAUGAGGCAGGGACUUUUUCAAAUGACUUAAGUGACCAUGUGACCUACGUCACCGCUCAACAGGGCUGAUCUUGUUCGUCAUGUGACCAGAAUGACACAGCUUUUUUUUUUUUUUCCACUGAUACUAAGUGAAUGAUAUUAAUAUUAAUUGGCAACAGUUUUGAUUAUUUUUUGAUUUGAUUUUGAUUAUUAGAAUACUGAAUUCUAAAAGUAAUUUAUUUAGCUUUUCUUUCUUUUGUCCAGACGAACGCUUUCACAUAAGUACACCUUAUUAUCAAACGACAAACUGACUCACUGGUCUUUAUCUUAAAAGCAAACACUCCUAAUAGUUUUAGCCGUUCAUCAUAAUAUUAUCGUCUUCUGAUCUGUGGCCUUGUCUUGUCAUUUAGGUCCAGUUUCUUAAUGUAUGUUCAUUUUUGGUGAAGGAUUACCUUUUUUAGUUAUUUUCUUGGCUUCUGGAGAGUGUUAUUCAUAGUAUUUUCAAAAUAUACAAAACUAUUUUGUUCCAAAUUCUUUUUUUUUUGUUUUUUUUUUCCUUCUGUUUUUCCCCUGUAACACUACGGCGCAGCAAUGUUUCCCUUCUGCUCAGCUACAGGAGCAAUAUGGUAGCUUUAGCAAUGUUUGUUACUCGUUAUAACAUGUACUGGAAACAUAGAACAGUCAUCUAAUAAAGUAUAUUUGCUCAUAA